AUGGGGGGCAUCAAGGGCGGUGUUGGCAGCUUUCUCCUCCGGCGCACAGCCGCGAAGAGCAUUCGACAGAAACACUUCACUGGCCCUCAAUUCUACAAGCGCAAGACCUUCAACUUCCCCAUUGGUCACCAUCAGCUUCACCGCCGCGUUGCUCCGGCGCUGCAAACCGGGUCACCGACACAUCAGCUAGAAUAUCAGCGCUACGCGCACCUCCCAGGAGAUGCUCGCACGCGACCGAGUGAAGACUUCACCUUCUCCCGCGCAACCUCGCCUCACAGAAGUGGACGUAGCCGGGAGCGGGUAGACAAGGCCAUGUAUGCCUGGGCAAAGCGUGGCUCGCUGCAGCUCUACCAGAUGGGUGGCAAGCGCGAGACCUUUGUCUGCUACCGAUGCGGCUAUCCCGUGCGGAGCGCUCUCGUCGCCAUCAAGGACGAUAACUGGGAUUACCGCAUGUGCUACAGCUGCUAUACAAAGACCGUGGACACCGGGAUGGAGAGAAACACGUAG